CUUGACUGAGUGGCGGCAAAUUGUUGCGAUGUUGCUGAUUGUAGUGUGUGAAACUUUGAGUUAGAGUUUUUUGCGCGAUCCGCAUAGUUAUAUCGUUUCUACGAGCCAGUCUCUAGCGAAACUAAUUUUAACAUGAGCGAAGAUCAGAGCAGUCUGGCUGAGGUCGAGUAUUCGUUUAUCGCCAAGCUCGACAAUGCCAAGGACCUCUCGCAACUUCUCAGAGCAAUCAGCAUCAAAGAAGUAGCCACGGUGGAGAUCAACGACAUGGGAAUCCGAGUGAUCGCUCAGGAGGGCAAAUGCGUCCAAGCUAUUGCUUUCGUCCAACGAGAGCUGUUUGAGAAUUACUCUCUGAAGGAACCGACGCUCUCUUUCGACAUCAGUUUGUCUAUCUGGCUGGAGUGUCUCACGAUGUUUGGUGCCAUGGGGGGACCUGUUUCGACACGACUCUGCUACGGAGGCCAAGGCAAUCCUCUUGUUAUGUUCCUUGAAGAAGGCGGUGUUGUGACUGACUGCAAGAUACGGACGCUCGAAUCCGAAGGUGUUGUCAAUUUCGACCUGUCAAGAGACAACGUGAUUAACGUCGUCAUCCUGAAGUCUGAAAGUAUCAAGGAGGUCUGGUCUGAGCUCGAUAUUUCCAGUGAAGACAUGGAAGUUUUCAUAUCUCCAAACGAGCCUUACUUCAGGCUGAGCACGUUUGGAGCUGCAGGCACUGUCGAAGUGUCUUACUCUAAGGAGUCGGAUUUCAUGGAGUCAUUUCAGUGCAAGACAGAGCAGAGAAACACAUACAAGAUAAACCUCAUGAAGCAAUGCAUCAAGGCUCUCAAUUUGUCCAGCAAAGUGGCCAUCCGCACAGACCAGCUCGGACUUAUAUGCUUCCAGUUUCUCAUACGCACUGAAGAAGGCACUGCAACCUUUGUCGAGUAUUAUUGCACUCCAAACAGAGAAGAACCACAAGAAGGCUGAUGAAGCAGCGCUAUGCUAUGUUACUCAUUUUUGUACAGAUGAAUAUAAAUUUUUAUGCAUACCUGUAAAUAAACAUGAUCUUCUAUGUAU